AUGCUGUUACAAUCAAUGGUGUUCAAGGCUCUUGUUGCUGCCCUUUCAGUAACCACUACUUUUGCAGCAGUUGUGCCCGAGAAACGGAGUACAUCAAAAGUUAUUCUGGUUGAUUUCCGUGUGGAAAAAUCUCCACCUCUACCGCUUUCCAGCGAUAUCGUUUCAGAAGGGGCAGAACAAACCAAGCGUGAAGUUAUUCCUCUCACCCUUGCAAGAGAUGACAUUCUGUACUUGCUUCAGCUAGAUAUUGGAUCGAAUCAAGAAACAUUUACAUUCCAGAUUGAUACGGGAUCCUCCAAUUUGUUCGUUCCACUUGCGGGUGCAACUUGUGAAUGUGCGGAAGAAGCUAGGUAUGAUCCUCAAGGUUCUACCUCGUCUCACCUAUUGUACAAUAACGUUACUCUUUUGUACGGAGAGGGCCAUGCGUAUGGCGAUUUUUACACUGAUACCGUCUCAUUGACCCAGAAUCCUCAAGUGUCGCUCAAAGAUUUUCAAUUCGUAGGUGCAAACAACACCGACAUAGGAUAUGGUUAUUUGGGUCUUGGGUUUGACAACGGUGAAUAUUAUCCGGAAUACCCAAACUUUCCACAAUCGUUGAAAAAUCAAGGAUACCUUGACAAAAACGCAUAUUCUUUAUAUUUGGAUAGUGCUGAAUCGCCUCUGGGAACCAUCAUUUUCGGCGGUAAAGAUACCAGCAAGUACGAAGGUGAGUUGAAAACAUUGCCCAUUACCCACGACUUUCGCUUGGCCGUUGCUCUUGAAAGCAUUAGUUCCGGAAACUUUACGGUUUCUGGAAAUCAAAUCAAUUCCAUGUUUGAUACCGGCUCCACAUUCACCUGGUUGCAACCACAAAUUUACCAGCCAUUGGCAGAAAAGUAUGGCUGGACGAAACAACCUGGAGGAGGUUACCAUGGACCUUGUGAGGGUGAUGAUUUGGUGUUCGAUUUUGGAUACGAUUUAAAGAUUUCCGUUCCUUAUAACCAAUUGAUUACCCGAUAUGACGGCAAACAAUGCUGGGUCUAUAUUAUCGAGCAUCCAACAGAUGAGAUUAUAAAUAUUCUUGGUGAUAACUUUUUGAGAUCAGUUUAUGCGGUAUUUGAUCUUGAUGAGAGAACCAUAUCAGCGGCUCCAGUGGUGUACACUAGUGAUUCCAACGUCGUACCAUUGUAA